AUGCCUUCAAUCUCCACUUACCAACCCGACAAAUUUGUGCCAAUGAGUAAUUGGAAUGUCCCUUCCAAUCUUUCACUUGCUGAUCCACACUUUCACAAACCGCAAAAGAUAGAUCUUCUACUUGGUGCCGAAAGCUUUUUCGAACUGUUGUCGAUUGGACAAAUAAAACAAGGUACUAAUUUUCCAACGCUCCAGAAAACAUUACUCGGAUGGAUUGUAUCUGGAAGAUUCAAACAUGCCGAAAGCCCCAAUGCUAAAAUUUGCAAUCUAAUAAGCUCAGAUAAAGAAAAGUUGACAGAUGACUGUUCCUUAAACUCUCUUGUGAAAAAAUUCUGGGAAUUGGAAGAAAUUCCCAAGGAGCUCACUGUCAAAAAAUACACAAUAGAACAACAACACUGUGAGACCAAGUUUCUCAACACAAUUUUACGCUUACCUUCAGGGAGGCUUAAGGUGCAGCUUCCUUUCAAGUCCAACUUCAACCUUCUAGGUCAGUCAUAUGAAACAGCAAAAAAUCGUUUUCUCUCACUGGAACGCAGGUUGUCGAAAGACUGUAUGCUUCAGAAGCUGUAUAUGGAGUUUAUGGCAGAGUAUCGUGACUUAGGUCACAUGACAUUAACUACUGACAACUUUUCUUCGACACCUCAUUACUAUAUACCGCAUCAGUGUGUGUUGCGACCUCAGAGUACCUCGACAAAACUUCGCGUCGUGUUCGAUGCUUCAUGCCGAACAUUUUCACAAGUGUCGUUGAACGACAUUCUAAUGGUUGGUCCAACGGUAUAA